AUGUUCCCCCUCGUCGGCCGCUCUUUCCCACGUCAGACCGCUUUCCUCGUCGCCCGCACUUUCCCUCAUCACCCUCGCCGACCCUCUGGUCGCAUAUAUCGUCACCCGCGCUCCCCUCAUCACCCUCGUCGACCCGCACCGAACCUCGCCGCCCUCACCUCCCUUAGUCACCCACAUUCCCUCUCGUCGCUCGUGCUUCCCCUCAUCACCCUUGCCGACCCUCGCCGCCCUCGCCUCCCCUCGUCGCUCGCGCGUCCCGUCGUCGCCCUUGCCUCCCAGUCACUCGCGCUUCCCCUCGUCAUCAGCGUUUCCAUCCGCUCUUCCCCUCUCCCCAUCUCACCAUCUCCAGAGGGGGAGGAACAGAGGUGGUCGCCUCCGCCACCCCAAUCGAACAGCGUUUUGAACCCCUCUCUGCUCCCCACCAUCCUCCCCCAAGCUUUCUCCCUGGAAUCUGCCCCCGUUCCCCCAUCCUCUUCCCUGUUUCCCCGUAUCCCCUGCCCUGCUUCCCCCCAUCUCCUUCCCUGCUUCCCCCCAUCCCCUGCCCUGUUUCCCCCCAUCCCCUUCCCUGCUUCCCCCCAUCCCCUUCCCUGCCUCCCCCCAUCCCGCUCCCUGCUUCCCCCCAUCCCCUUCUCUGCUUCCCCCCAUCCCCUUCCCUGCCUCCCCCCAUCCCCUUCCCUGCCUCCCCCCAUCCCCUUCCCUGCCUCCCCCCAUCCCCUUCCCUGUCUCCGUUACUUCCACCUUACCGCCUGCCCACCUUACCGCCUGCCGCCUGCUGUCCACGCCUUCCAUCCCACCUCUCCCAAACCACGUCUGUUUCUAUAUGUGCCCAAUCCCUCUCGCUCUUCCACUCACUCUAAUCUCUCCCCAUUCCCUCCCCCUUUGUUCCCCCUCUUCCUUGCGGCAGGCCACCGAAGCACCGCAUCCAGCAGAUCUUCGACUGGAUCUGCCCUGAGGCGAGCUGGCGGAGCUGUGAGGCAGCCUCCUCUCGAGACUGCCUUCAGCCUCCCCUGCUGCCCCAUACCCUCUGCCGACCUGCGCCCUAUGAGGCCCUGCCCUCUCUGUUGCCGCCGCCCCUGCAUGUACGGAGGGAUUGGGAGCCGCUCUGCCUGGCAGCCAGCACUGUGCAGGCAAGGAGUUGAAGGUGGAUCAUGGGGCAAAGGUAAGGGAGUGGGUUGUGCAGCAUGGUCAGUGCGGAGUGGCGUGGGAGGGAGGCACAAAGGCAAGCACAGGGUGAAGGCAGGCAGGGGCCGCGACAAAAAUAUGGAGAUUGGCAGUGCCAGCAGGAUGCCGCGGAGCGUUGAUGCGGGAGGGGGCAGGCAGGCUGACAGGAAUGCUGGCGGCAGCGCACGUCAAGGCAUGUGCGGUGGGGCAAGGCUGGUCUGCGCUGCGGUGGGCCGGGGGAGUGCAUAG